AUGUCUGCGACCGGCCUACCUUCUGGCCGCCGCUUUCUCAAGAUCCACAUCCUCGUCCCCAUGCUCAUGAACCUCAAGGCCAACCUUGAGAUGAACCUUACCGCCUGGCUCAGCAACAGCAACCUGUAUCCACGAGUAUGUGGGCAAACCAAUAGCGCAACGCGCCCACUCUACAAUCUCUCCAAGUCUGCGUACACCAACCUCUGCACAAUCGAGAGCUUCAUCAACCACACCCACCAGUCCCUCAGCUCCGGCCUAGCCAUCCUAGUGGAUUGGAUCCGCACUGAGAUCAUGGACUGUUUCAAGCACCAAUCGCCGCUCAACUCCGGGCUGCUCACCGCCAGCCUGAUGAUCCAACUGCUCUUCAAGCUCCUCAAAGCGCUCGCAACCUUCAUCCACAGCUGCCAAGAAGGCACAAAUAAAUGCAGCCAAGAAAACGUGGUCUAUCACCACCUAGACCUCCACAUCCAUCAAUGUUCCUCAAGCUUGAUUCAGGGCGUCUUCAGCUGGCUGCUGGACAGGUUGUGUGCAGCCCUCCUGAUCAACUAG